UACGCCGGAAUUGGAUGGGUCAUUUGGAGAACCAAAGAGGAUUUGCCUGAAGAGCUGAUUUUCCACAUAAAUUACCUCGGAGCGGAUCAACCCACCUUCACUCUCAACUUCUCCAAAGGGUCAAGCCAAAUCAUCGCUCAGUAUUACCAACUAAUCCGCUUGGGUUUCGAGGGGUACCAGAACGUGAUGCAGAAUUGUCACGACAACGCAAUGGUGCUGAAGGAAGGGCUUGAAAAAACAGGAAGGUUCAGCAUAGCGUCGAAGGACAUGGGGGUGCCAGUGGUGGCAUUCUCUCUGAAAGACAGAAGCCGGCACGACGAAUUCGAGGUGUCGGAAAUGCUGCGACGGUUCGGGUGGAUCGUACCGGCAUACCCAAUGCCAGAGGGGGCGAAGCAUGUGUCGGUUCUUCGCGUGGUGAUCAGGGAAGACUUCUCGCGCACGCUAGCAGAGCGGCUGGUGCUUGAUAUCAUCAAAGUGUUAGCCGAGCUUGAUACUCUGCCACCCAAGAACAGUGGAAAAUCGAGAAGCUUAGAAGACGGCAAAAAAGAGAAGGCAAAGGAAACAGAGAGGGAAAUAGCAAGUUAUUGGAGGAAUAUAACUAAGGCUAGGAAGAUCAAGCUUGCAGCAAAUCAAGCUGGUCCUUCCGUUACCGUAAUUGCCAAAUGAGAAGAUCAUAGUUGCUAAGGAAAUAAGUUUCUUUCAUUAUUAUUAUUUUUUUUUUGUUCUAAAUUUUUAAAGGUUUGACCUUCAUUUCACUAUAUUUAUGUCACAAGAUUUGAAAUAGAAUAAUAUAUAUAUUUUUUUAA